AAUGGACAUACGAUGGCAUAUACUGUUUACUGAAUUUCCUUGCAUCGAUCAGUUCUACACCAAAAAUGGAUUUGGAAUCUAGAACUCCUCAGGGUGAGGGAAAGUCUGAUAGGAGUAUUGUGGAAAGAGUUUGGAAUGCAGUGCAAAAUAUUUCCAAAAGGCAUCAGUUUAAACUUAUCGUACUCUUACGCAUUUUCGUAGCAAUUUCUUACAAUUGCUAUUUUGCGGCGGCAGUCUACCACGCCCGUGUUGAGCGACUUGACAUCGAUUGGUGUGAUGGUGUGGGCAUGCUGAUUAUUCUCACCGUCAUUGUCUAUUGCGGGCUUUUCUAUUACAAAAUUUUCAAACCUCUCUGGGGCGAUUGCGCAUACACGAGAGUGAUCCUUCCCCUAACCGUUUUCUUGGAACGAUGCUGGAGUUAUCGAUAUGUGCGCGGCCUUCUGAUCCUUGGAGGGGCGAUCGGUUUCAUUGUGGGAAUAGUAUUUGACACGGAAGGUGACAGAGAUAGAUUAUACUCACUCAUUGGUUUGGCCGUCUUCCUCCUCUUUGGGUGGAUCUUCUCUAAACAUCCAGCAAAAAUAAAAUGGACACAAGUGAUAUGGGGGACAGUCUUACAAUUUCUCUUCGGGUUAACCGUCUUACGUUGGGAUACCGGCCAAAAGGUUUUUGCCUGCAUGGGUGAUCGCGUUUCCACUUUCUUAAAAUACACCGAUGCAGGCUCUGGAUUAGUUUACGGCCAUCUAGUCACCGACCAAAACCAAUCUGGAAUUGCGCUCGGCACCAUCUUUGCUUUUAAAGCAUUGUCAGUCAUUUUCUUAUUCAGCUUCAUGGUCAGCAUCCUGUACUAUUACGGGGUGAUGCAGUUUAUCGUGCAGAAAGUCGGAUGGAUUCUUCAGGUGUCUCUGGGAACCACUGCGACUGAAUCAAUCAACUGCGCUGCCAACAUUUUCCUCGGUCAGACCGAAGCUCCUUUGGCCAUUCAGCCACUCUUACCACUGCUGACGAAAUCAGAACUGCAUGCAGUCAUGACAAGCGGCUUCGCCACUAUUUCUGGAUCGGUAUUGUCUGCAUACAUCAGCUUUGGAAUAAGUGCUUCACACUUGCUGAGUGCGUCAGUGAUGUCCGCUCCAGCCGCUUUAGCAUUCGCGAAAUUGUUUUAUCCGGAGUCCGAGGAAUCGCAGACAAAGGCCGAAGACAUUAAAGUUCCUAAAGGGAAAGAAGCCAACGUAUUAGAUGCUGCAUCACAAGGGGCGUCUAACGCAGUCUUCAUGGUUAUCAACAUAUGCGCCAAUCUGAUCGCGUUUCUAGCCUUUAUUGCUUUUCUGAAUGGAAUUGUUUCAUGGAUGGGUGGACUUCUUGGAGCACCUUACAUAACAUUUGAAUAUCUGGUGGGAAAAUGCUUUAUCCCACUAGCAUGGGUUAUGGGUGUUCCUGCAAAAGAAUGUGAUCAAAUAGGACACGUGGUAGCACUCAAAACGAUCGUCAAUGAAUUUGUUGCCUACCGAAAACUAUCCGAAUACAUGGCUCAAGGACUCGUUUCGAAACGAUCCGAGACUAUUGCCACCUACGCCCUAUGCGGGUUUUCAAAUCCGGGGUCCAUUGGUAUCCAGAUAGCUGCCUUAGGGUCAAUGGCUCCAUCCAGACAACCUGACUUGGCCCAAGUCGCUUUCAGGGCUUUCAUUUCAGGAAGCAUAGCUUGUUUCAUGACCGCCUGUGUUGCUGGGGCGUUGAUACCAUCCUCGUCGUUAUAGAUCUCCUAUGGUACAAAAUGGAAGACUGAUUAAAUAGCUUAAAAUAUAAUCAUGCUUGAGAUAGUAA